AUGGGGGUUAAUUUAUCGUUACCUAAAAACAAGAGAAAAAAGACAAAGGAUGAAAAUAGCAUACAUUCAAUAGAUGAUGUGAGCAAAAAAAGUUCUGUUAAUAGCGAACAAAAACACGAGUUUAACUAUAUUGGAGGUCGAAAGUUUUAUGAUAGUAAUGUUGCGCCAUAUGUAUUGCCCGCGGAUAUAGAAGAGGAUGAUCGUAUACAUCAGCAACAUUUCGCGCUUAAACACAUUUGCGGAGGUAACUAUACAGCUCCGAUCCAUGAUAUAAUAAAACCCGGAAGUAGGAUACUGGACUUGGGUUGUGGUCCAGGCCAAUGGACACUAGAAAUCGCACAAGAAUUCCCAUAUGCACAAGUAUACGGUAUCGACAUAAGCGCGAAUUUCCCAACUUCAAUUAAACCGUCGAAUUCACAUUUUAUAGUUGGUGAUGUCACAAAAGGUUUACCUUGGGAAGACAACUACUUUGAUUUUGUUUGGAUACGAUAUUUAUUCGUUGGAAUAAAGGAUGCAGAUUGGCAGAAUUUAUAUCAUGAAGUAAAACGUGUAUUAAAACCAGGCGGAAUACUUGAACAACAUGAGUGUGAUGGACUUACUGAAAAUCCUGGACCAAAACUAAAGAAAAUUUUAUACCAUAUAAAUGAAGGACUCACUUCAAAUGGUCUAUGCUUUCGAUUGGCAUGCCAACUAAGUGAGCGAAUUACGAUGGCUGGAUUCAAAAACGCACAGCCAUCAUACAUAUCUACAGCACUCGGAAGACAAGGAGGUAAAAUUGGAGAAAUAUGGGCAGCAAAUUUAAGAGAAGGUUGUGGCGCUAUGAAACCUUGGCUCUCAAAACUCGCUGGUUUGACAGACACCGAGUACGAUUUAUUAAUUCAAUAUAUUUUCGACUAUGAAAUUGAAGAGUAUAGUGUAUAUCAUAACCAUCAUAUAGUAUGGGCUAGAAAAAUUUAA